GCCCGACAAUAGUCACAAGGAUCGUGCUCUGCAACGAAUCAAUCACGUAACCAAUAACGGUAACCACCUUCAUCUCUUUCCACUGCUGCAGUGCUCCUUAAGUUGAGGCGUCUUUACGACCUGGUCGUUCAAUUCGAAAUCAGAUUAUCUUCACUUAUUCUACUAUUUGGCAAAAAUUGGCUUCAAUUCACCUCGGACUUAGAUUGUUGAGGAAGGCGAGAAUGGCGUCUAGAGUUUUUUCAGCCCUUAAAAGGGGGUUUUUAAGGCCACAGUCGUCGUCGUUUAUGAAUUUCAGAUCUCAAGUCCUCAUCUUCAACCGUACAUCUUCUUGUAUUAAUCCACCACCGCUGAUCCACAGAUUGAUUGAUGUCAAAUUUAUGCAUCAUGGCUCACACAGAGAAGAUAAGGAACGCGAAUGGGAGCGUAGAAUGGACAGCAUAAGUGCUGGGAUUGCUGAAGUGCAUAAGAUGAACUAUUCCCCCGAAGCCAAUGCUAAAUUGGAGGAAUUGAUGCGUCAAGUAGAGAAUGCAAAGGCUGCCCUUAACCAAUCUACAAAAGAUUGGAAACUGGGAUAUGAAGAUCUACGACAAAAGAUUGGAAAGGAGACAAAGGCUUUCUUCGAUGAAUCAAUUGACAUAUUUGAGUUAAUCGUGCGCUCUGCGCUUGCUAUUGUGCUAAUUCUGUCGACUGUGAUGAUGAUUGUACUUUUCUGUAAGUGUGUUGUAGGUAUCUUUAAGCUAUGAUUCUAUUGAAGAUCGUAGUUGCAUUUAUUUUUUUCCGUUUGGUGGCUUUAAUAUUCGGGGAGAGAGUGAAGCUGGCACUCACUGUGUGAUUAACCAGGCUUCAGCUUUAUGAUUUACAGUUAAGUGAAUAAUUUCAUUUUCAAUUUCUUCAAUUUGUGGGCUUUUGCCUCUUUGCUUAUUAGGUGUGUGAGAGCAGCUCCUCCUUUUCCUUAAGUUUUGAUAUCAACAAUUUAAAAAAACGUAGUGUUAAUUAUUAUUAUUGUGUUGUCGACUGUGAAAAGGGAUGGAUAGAUGGAUUAGCAAAAUCACUUGAUCCAGUAGAAUGAAGUCACAAAUGUGCUGUCAUUGUUGAAGAGUAUGCUAGAAUUUAUAUACUGAGAAAAACAAUGCCUCCCUCUCCACA